GGACGCUCCGAGUCAUGAAGACAUUCCUCUUGAUCUGUGCCGUGCUUUUCUCUCUGGCCCCAGCCAGGAAUGAAUUUUUUGGUGCCAAAUGCAAGAAGCUCAAAGGCAAGUGCAGGAGUUCAUGUCAGAAGAAUGAAGAGCUUGUGGCUUUCUGCCAGAAGUCGCUGAAAUGCUGCCUAGAACUCCAGACCUGCGAGUGAGAUCAA